AUGACCGGGGUCGUAGUGAGCGGAGCCCAAGUGUCCUACAUUAGUCAAGACUGUGAAGAAAUUCCAGAAUUCCUUGGAAGAAAAUAUGGACAUAUGGCGAAAAGGCUAGAUCUUAGCUUCAACUUGUUGAGGUCACUAGAAGGAUUGAAAACAUUCAGUUACUUGGAAGAGCUGAUCUUGGACAACAAUCUACUCGGAAAUGACCUUCUGUUACCCAGGUUACCCCACCUUCAUACCUUAACGCUCAACAAGAACCAAAUAACAGAAUUGGAAAGCCUUUUGGACCAUUUGGCUGAAGUUGUGCCCUCACUACAGUAUCUCAGUUUGCUUGGAAACAUGGCCUGUCCAAAUGAACUGGUCUGUAAAGAAAAAGAUGAAGAUGACUACCAGAGAUACAGGUAUUUUGUCCUGCACAAGUUGUCAAACCUGAAAUUUCUUGAUACUCGGAAAGUAACCAGGAGGGAGAGAGAGGAAGCCUUGGUGAGAGGUGCCUUCAUGAAAGUGGUUAAGCCAAAGGAUGCUAAGGCUUCUAGUGAUGCUGCCUCUACCUCUCCAGUGAUGCACUAUACACCUCUGCCUUCAGGAUCCAGAGACCUCACCAAUCACAGAGGCAUUUUGGGAAAAUGCCGCUACAUUUACUAUGGAAAACAUUCUGAAGGCAACAGAUUCAUCCGAGAUGACCAGCUGUAA